CCCUUGCAGCGGAAGAGGGAUAUAUAACGGUUAAGGCGACAUACAACACAGCAUCUAGCUCCGUCCGCCGAUAGAUCAGGCCCUUCUCAGUCAAUCCACAAUCGAUCACCGGCACAAGUAAGAGAGAUAUGGGGGAAGAGAAGAGGCACCAGAUGAUGCAGAACCUCUUCGGAGAUCAGUCCGAGGAAGAGGAGGAAAUCGAUUCCGAGCACGAGUCCAAUCCCCAUCCCAAUUACGCCUCUGAUGAAGCUGAAGGAGGGAUGGGGCACGAAGGUGAAGUUGAAGGUGAGGUGGAGGAGCAAGGGGAGGCCGAGAGUGAAGGAGAAUUGCGUGAUGUGGAGCCUGAUCCUGGAGAAAGCGAGGGUGAAAGAGAACAAAGUUCCAAGGAAUUAGAUGCUGGUGAUCAAAGGGAAGAAAGUGAGAGGGAGGAGAAAGAGAAAGAGUCAGAAAGUGACGAAAAAGAGGACUAUGGUGCAAGAGUUGUCACAAGCCGAAGACGCGGGAUGGUUGAGAGCGGCUCAGAGAGGUCUGAGGAUGCCCAUUAUCCUGACAUUGAAGAAGAGGAGGUUGAUCAGGCUAGAAGUCCCAGUAGUAGGUCGCCUGGGGAGGAGGGGGAUCGAACUCAUAUUUCCCACCCAGUUGCUGAAAUUCGUGAUGUUUUUGGUGACUCCGACGAUGAAGAAGAAGGAGACUAUGUGGUUCAGAAUGACAUUGAGCAUGAUUCCCAUAGAUCCCCUAUGGAAGAGGAAGGGAGCUAUGAAAAGAAUCUAAGACCUGAGGAUUUGCUGGUCGAUGAAGAUGCUCAGUAUGAGUCAGAAGAGGAGAACAUUGAGGCUAAACAUAAAGAGAAGCCAGUUGGCCCUCCAUUAGAACUUGAGAUUCCGCUGCACCCACCUCCAGCCGAUCCUGCAAAGAUGAAUAUGAUCAAACUCUCUAAUAUAGUGGGCAUUGAGCCGAAACCAUUUGAUCCAAAGACGUUUGUGGAAGAAGAUGCGUUCGUGAUGGAUGAGUCUGGGUCCAAAAGACGUAUACGAUUAGAAAACAAUAUCGUGCGCUGGAGGACUGUUAGAAAUCCUGAUGGCACAACAUCUUAUGAAAGCAAUGCACGCUUUGUUAGAUGGUCGGAUGGGAGUUUGCAGUUGUUGAUUGGGAACGAAGUCCUUGACAUAUCCACGCAAGAAGCACAGCAUGAUCAAGCACAUCUUUUCCUUAAACAUGGAAAGGGAAUGUAUCAAUCACAAGGAAGUAUAUUGAGGAAGAUGAGGUUUAUGCCUUCAUCAUUGUCAUCAAAUUCUCAUCGAUUAUUGACUGCUCUUGUUGACAGUCGGCAUAAAAAGGUUUAUAAGGUCAAGAACUGCAUAACUGAUAUUGACCCUGAGAGAGAAAAGGAAGAAAAAGAAAAGGCUGCCAGUCAGACAAUCAGAGCUAAUGUACUUCUUAAUAAGAAGAGGGAAAAAGUGAGUCGGAAGUAUACACCAACUGUGGACCGAAGGCGCCAACUUUCACCUGGGUUUUUGGAAGAUGCUCUCGAUGAGGAUGACGAGCAAGAUUACUAUGACCCUCGUCGCUCUCGGCACCGCUUUGAGGAAGAUCUGGAAAUGGAAGCUCGAGCCGAGAAGCGCAUUAUCAAUGCUAAGAAGUCCCAGGGACACAAAGACAUCUCGCGCAAGCCCUCGCUGGCUGCAAAAUCAUCUCACCGUCCAGUUGAUUUCUCUGAUAGUGAGAAAGAGGAGUCUGAGUAUGAAAGUGAUGGUGAAGAAGACGAAAGGUCUCCCCUUCAUAAGAGAGCUGAGGAACCAGAGCAGGACUAUGAAGAAGAGGAAGAGCAGGAGGAAGAAGAGCAAGAACUUAAUGGAGCAUCGGAGGAGGAAGAGGAGCCUGAGGAGCCAAAGCAAAAGGGGAGGGAGUUUGGAGGAAGGCUUAAGCGCAAGGGGAUGGAAUCAGACGAGGACUCUCCUCCAAGAAAGAUGCCAACCCACCGUAGAGUGGCUCUUGUUUACGACAGUGACGACGAAUGAAAUCUGACAUAUGAUGAUGGGUGUUGCCGUGAUCAUAUACCUCAUGCAUCAGUCUCAUUUACAAUUUCAACAAGACUUCUAUGAAAUUUUCAUGGCACAUAAAAAUUCUUGGUUUGAAAAUUAUAAGGGUUCAUUUCUCGGUUCAUAUUACCAUUAGUGCUAUGUAAUUUUUUUUUUUUUGCCUUUGCUAUGGAAUCUGCAUGUAGAAGUUUGCAACACUUCUCCCAAUUGGUUCCAGUACAACUUCUGUUUGUUGAAGUCAGUAAAUAAUUGAUGGAUUUUUUUUCCUGUCA